AUGGGGGAGCAGACGGCACCGGUUGGCCGGCCGCAAUGUGAACAUGAUGCAGAUCCCCCAUUCGUCACUGAUGGCAGAGGCAGAGUGGUAUGGAGCAGGACAGUACGUGGUCCAUCUCACGCUCAGGCUCAAGUGGAAGCCCGUGAGCGACACCGCCCAAAUUCUGCCAUCAAAACUCGACGCCAGACAUCUGAGACUGGAACAGCUGCAACAGAUGGGCGAGGUUGUGUUGUUUCGAUGGGACAAGAGGGGUCUGAGGUCAAUAGCAGGACCAGUGGCACGGAGACAGAGACCGAGGCAGAAUAA